CAAAUAAAAACAACAUUCUUCAAACUGGUUUUAUCAACAGACUUCAGAAUCAUACAAGUUUUUUAUUCAAUAAUUAAAAAAAAUACCGAUAUGCCACGCCUCAAGCCCACCACCAAGGUUGAUGUUAUUGGAAAUUUGGAUUUAAGUCCCGAAAAAGCGGUUGGCGACUUCAUUGAAUCCAAGCAACAGCAAAAAUUUUUCAUUAAACCUCCUAAUUGGGAUUCAGCUGGAGAUUCCAUUGAACUUCUCUAUAUACGCAAUGAACGCGAGCACGCUGCCAUGAUGCGUUUGCAGGAAGAAAUGCUAGCAAAUGCUAAAAGCCAAGCGGCUAGCAAUUCCGCUCGCAUAAGUGAACUUUAUAAAACUCAUACGGAUUUGCGUAAACGCUUCAUUGAGGUCAACAGCUUCAUAAAGGAUUGUGUUGAUAAGAAGCGUAUAGCCGAGAAGAAAGUGGCUGAGGAAACGGCAAUGCAUGAGGAGAUGAGGGGGAAGAUUGAAAAGUACAAAACCAGCAUUUCGGAACUUUCUCAUUUCCGGGAUGUUUUAAAAGCCACCGUCAAAGAAUUUGAACCCUAUGAACAAGUUCUGGAAGAAGUGGUCGAAAAAUCCGACAUAUUUGAAUCGGUCAAAGAUUGCAUGGAUAGAUGUGAUGCCUUAAUGUUAGCUCAAGUUGAAAUUUCCCGCUUGGAACAAGAAAAACUCCAAGAAAUCGAAGAAAUGCGCAAACGCAUGGUCAAAGUAACUAAUGAAGCUGCCCUCACUGUCCUGGGCUUGAGAAAUGAUCUUGCCGAAUUGGAAAGAUCCUACAAUCAGGCACGCGCCGAGUGUUCCAAAUGGGAGAAAAUAAUGGCAAAUGCCAAAGAUACAGUUGCCAAUUAUGACUUGAAUAAAGAUCGUGCUCUGGAUGGCAUACACAAUAUGUAUCGCCUAUUGUGCAAAAGAAGAAAUCUAGACCCUACACUUCAGCGAAACGAAGUAGAAAAACAAUUGGAUUAUAUCAAGGAUGAAAUUGAAUUAUUAAUAGAGGUUAACAAGGAGUGUGUGCGGCAAAAGGAAAAGGGGAAUGCGUCCAAAUAUUUUUCCGAAAAGGCCCUGGCAAAAUCUUAGUUAUUAAAAUAAAAAGAAGAACAAAUGAUUAAAAUUUUCAAGUGCAUCUGAGCAUGCACCUUUAGCGAAAUUUUCGUUUUCAGCCAAGAUAUUUAUGUCGCCACUGAAAAAUAGUUGUGUAGAAUACAAGAUGGCGACAAACACCAAUUUAUAAUUUUGGAAUUUUAAUCAUUUUGGCUAAUAAAGUACAUAUAUGCUGUAAUAAAACGA